CUCCCGCCCGCACCCACACCCAGGCCGCGCCUGCGCAUCGAUCGAGCCCUUGCCGGCCUGCCGGCUCUACCUUCUUCCGCUCCGGUACACGCGCGUGCGGUGCGGUGCGUCCAUGGAGGCGCGCCUUGGCUUCUCCUCUCCCGGAGCGAUCUCUCGCCGCGUCUUCCUCCGUUGAAUGCUGGGUUCGAUCGCUAGAUGAACUCCAUGUCAUACAACAAGCUGUCCAGAGCGAAUGACACAAUGGAUUUCAAUACCCGUGGAAAUGCAGGGUCCCAUGGCACAUUAGACCGGAAUCAAUCAGGUGUUUCAGCCAAUCCAUCCACAACCUCCAAAGCAGCAGCGCAAUCUCAGAUCCCUUCUGAUAAGAAAUCGCGCCUCAAGAAGAAAUCUGACCCAGCUGACAAAACAAAUCCAGUGCAGGGUUCAGCAGCAGCAGCAGCAACAACAAAAUCUGAAACAUCUGGCACAACUACUACGGCAACGAAAUCACCAGCGAGCAGGGCCAAGACCAAUGAUUCUUGUGUGGCGUCUAGCCAAGGUAGCAUGGCCAGAAGUAACAGUCUGGACAGCUGCAGCUCCGGUCAGGUGAAGCGGCACACCGGAGGCGACCGCAGGUGGGAGGCCAUCCGGCUGGCCAACUCGAGGGACUCCUCCCUCAACCUUGUCCACUUCAGGCUUCUCAAGCGACUCGGCUACGGAGACAUCGGCAGCGUGUACCUCGUGGAGCUGGGGGACACCGACACAUUCUUCGCGAUGAAAGUGAUGGACAAGGAGUCGCUCAUCAGCAGGAACAAGCUGGUCCGGGCAGAGACCGAGAGGGAGAUACUGGGCCUUCUUGAUCAUCCCUUCUUGCCCACAUUGUACACCCAUUUCGAGACCGACAAGUUCUACUGCCUUGUCAUGGAGUAUUGCUGCGGCGGCAACCUUCAUUCGCUCCGGCAGAAGCAACCCAGCAAGCAUUUCAAUGAGCAAGCUGCAAGGUUUUACGCCUCUGAGGUGUUGCUUGCGCUGGAGUACCUGCACAUGCUUGGCAUUGUGUACAGAGACCUGAAGCCUGAGAACGUGCUGGUCAGGGACGACGGUCACAUCAUGCUGUCCGACUUCGACCUGUCGCUGCGGUGCUCCGUGAGCCCGAUGCUGGUGAAGUCGUCGUCGGUGCACGCGGGCGCCAACGGCGUCGUGAGGGGCCUCGUCGGCGCCGGCGACGGCGAGGGCGUGGGCGUGGGCUGCAUCCCGCCGUCGGCGUUCUUCCCGCGGAUCCUCCCCAAGAGGAACCGCAAGACGUCCAAGUCGGACCUCGGCCUCCACCACGGCGCGCCGCUGGAGUUCAACGCGGAGCCGACGGACGCCCGGUCCAUGUCGUUCGUCGGCACGCACGAGUACCUGGCGCCGGAGAUCAUCCGCGGGGAAGGCCACGGCAGCGCCGUCGACUGGUGGACGUUCGGCGUCUUCCUCUACGAGCUGCUGCACGGCAUGACGCCGUUCAAGGGGGCCACCAACCGCGCCACGCUCUGCAACGUCGUCGAGCAGCCGCUCCGGUUCCCGGACUCCGGCGGGUUCCCGGCGCCGGCGAGCGGCGUCGCGCGGGACCUCAUCCGCGGCCUCCUGGUGAAGGACCCCCACAAGAGGAUCGCGUCGAGGAGGGGCGCCACCGAGAUCAAGCAGCACCCUUUCUUCGAAGGCGUCAACUGGGCGCUCGUCCGGAGCGCUCACCCGCCUUCCGUACCUGAGCCCAUGGACUUCAGCCAGUUCGGAGCUAGGGAGAAGCCGGCGUUGUCGCCGCCGGAGGUCGCCGCGCCGACGACCAAAGCGGCGGCCAAGCCAGCGGCCGCGAGCGAUUCCUCCCCCCGCGAUUUUGAGUAUUUCUAGGACUCAAACUGAAACCAUUAGAUACAGUACAGAUGUUUUGUGCUUCUUGUCAUUAUGUCUAUGAUUCUUUGUUACUACUGUAAUGUUGUUUACCUUACAUGAUUCUUGGAGUCCUUGGUAUACACAAGAAAAUCCUGGUAUACUUGAGAGGUUCUGUGCAGAACAAUGUGAUAGUUUGUUGCUAACAAUGACUAAUGAAUUGUCAAGAUUUCGUAA